AUGCCACAGAGAAAUGGUCACGUGCGGCUGGCGCCGAGGGCGGGCGGCACCGCCACACCAGUUCCAAGGGCAUCCGCCACAGAAGCGCGGCUGACGCCUCGCGGCCAGACGCCUCGCGGCCAGGAGCGCAAAGACUGGUGCUCCGCAUCGCCGCCGUCUGCCACACCGUCGCGACGCCGCAGCCAGCGCAUCGUCAACAGGAGCAGCAACCGCAGCAGCAGCAACCCGGUGUCCCUGGCCAGCGACGACCACGUUCUCGGCACUCGCUCCCACGACGGCGGCAGGGCAAACGGACUCGCACGGCUGGCCGGCAUGGCGAGCUCGGCGGCCAAAUGGCGCGAGGAGCAGAUUCUCAUCAUCUGCCCCGGCAGCCGCACCACCAUGGCGCAGCUCGGGUGCAGCGAGCUGACGCCGCCCUUGCACCGUCUGCCCACGCGCAUGUUCCGCGAUGGCGACGAGUGGCGGCCCUAUCACACCUACAAGCGCUCCAGACUCGUCGGCGGCGUCGAGCAGGUGGAAUGGGUCGAGGACGUUGACUCGGACGAGGGCGCCGUCUUUCCCAUCGAGGGCGGCCGCAUUGUUCACAUGGACUCCUUCCUCGCCUUCCUCGACCACGUCCACGGCAUGCUGGCCUCGACCUACCACAACACCCCCAUCAUGCUCAUGGCCUCACCCCAGUGGACCCGCCCGGACUGCGAGACCAUUGCGCAAUACAUCUUCGAGAAGACGCGCACGCCGGCCCUGUGCCUGAUCCACAGCGGCAUCGCCACCCAGUACGGCCUCAGGUGGCCCAGCAUGACCGUCGUCGACAUUGGCUACGAAAAGGUCGACGUCACGGCCAUUCACGACGGUCGCGUCGUCAAUCACAUGGACCUGGGCUCGCCCAACCCCGACAGGCAUAUAAGCGGUGGCCAAGUCUUCACGCAGAGGCUGCUCAAGCUGCUCGAGGCAAAGGGCUUCAACCAUGACAUGGCAGAGCAGCUCAAGAGGAGCGCCAUCUGCGAGGUGCUGCCGUACGCCCCGGCGGAGACGGCCCUGGCAGAGCUGCCCAGGGAAGACACGGCAGGGGCUCCGCCAGCUCUGGCGGUGCCUGCGACCACACCAGGGGCAGAGGCCGCCGCCGCGGGCGAGGCGCCCAAACCCCCCGAGGUGAGCCGAGAUGACGACGGCGAGAACGCGGGGAACAACGGGGACGAGGACGGCGUGCUGGAUGUCGCCGCCAUUGUCACGAGCGGGCAGACUAAGGAGUUCCUCGCCAAGAAGGAAAAGGAAAAGGGCAAGCCGGGGCGCAAGGCCAAGGACAAGGAGGGCGAGACCGGGGCCGCCAAGCUCGCGAGGCUGCCCAACUGCAAGAGGACUCACAACACCUUUUUCUUCGAGGAGGUGAUCCAGGAAGAGGUGCCCCGCGAGCCGAAGCCGGAUGGCGCCGCGGCAACGAAUGGAGGAGAGGCGGCGCCCCCGGCGAAGCCUGCAGACGAGACGCCGGCGGGGGCCAACGGCGCAACGACGGAACAGCCGCGACCGGAGCCGAGCAGCGCCACGGCCAAGGACACGCCGGAGACGAGGCCCAAGCGCAUCCGGCGCGACGUCGAGGUCGGGCUGGAGCGCUUCACGUUUGCCGAGCGCGCCGAGAUCGACCGCAUCGUCGCGACCAUCUACCGCACCAUCCAGGGCAUCGACGACAUGUACAUGCGGCCGGCGUGCUGGGACAACCUCGUCUUCGUGGGCAACGGCGCGCGGCUGCGCGGGCUGCGCGAGAACAUCCUGCAGACGCUGCAGGCGCGGCACAUCAUCUCGCCCUCGACGGCCACCAUGUUCACGUCGGAGCUGCCGUCCAACAUGGCCACGCCCUCGGGCACCGGCUCGCAGACCCCCACGGGGUCCUUCACCGGCAUGCCGCACCAGCUGCCCUCGAGCGGCGUCAACCCGCUCCUGCAGGCGGCCACCACGGCCAGCACCCUCGCGGCCGUCGGCGGCGCCGGGCUCGGUGGCGCUGCCGCCGCCGCCGCCGCCGGCAUCGCCACCACCCCGGCCGCCGGCCAGACGCCGACGAGCAUCAAGACGGCCGCCCUGCCCACGUACCUGAGCGAGUGGAGCAAGAACGGCUUCGAGGAGGCCAUGUUCCUCGGCGCCCAGGUCGCCGCCCGCAUCGCCUUCUGCAUACACUCCAACAUGGACGCCCAGGGCGUCGAGGCCCAGCGCCUCAUGAGCCUCAGCAGGGUCGACUACAACGAGCUUGGGCCCAAGGCCAUCCGCACGCAUUCCAUGCUUAGUUGA